AUGAGGGCUUUUGGGGAGUUUAGAUCUUUGGAAUCUGCGAGGCUAAAUGGAGGAUUCAGAACAUUGAACUCUGCAGGGUAUUUUGGGGAAUUUGGAAAUUUGAAUUUAGCAAAGACAUUUUGGGGAACUUGGAAAUUUGAAGCAUGCAUGGUUUUCACGGGGAUUUGGAACUUUAAACUCUGCAUGAUGUUUUGGGGAAUUUGGAACUUUGGAAUCUGCAUGGCGUUUUGGGGGAUAUGAGAGUUUGAAUUCAGCAAGGUGUUUUGGGUAAUUUGAAACUUUGAAACUUGCAAGGCUUUUGGAGGGAUUUGAAACUUUGAACUCUACAGGGUGUUUUGAGAAAUUUGAAACAUUGAAAUCUGUAGGGAUUAUUAGGGGAUCAAGAACUUUAAAAUCUAUAAGGUUUUUUGAAGAAUUUGGAACCGGAUUUGGUGGCC